UGACGUCACAUUCACAAGUUUCGCCGUGUGCGGUCUCAGAGAGAUUUAGAAUGUUGCUAAACAUUUGUUCAAUGGGGGACUCCCAGUUCUGUAUAGACCCCAGGCAAGGGGAACUGUCAAUGUAGAACGAUCUGUAGGGGUUCGAUGGCAAGUUUAAAACUGCGUAUGCAUACCUGCGGAAAUGUAUCAACUGUACCUGCCAAAAUAUGCACAUAAUUAAUUGGAGAUAUUUAGCAGUGUUCUAUCUAUAUAAGGUUUUCAUAUCCUCAGCUACUUAACAAUAUAGAUGGAGCUCAUCCACUUAACGGAUUGCAAAGGAACUUUGUGAAUGGAUUUUGUUGAUAUAAUUUUAGGCUCUUACAAAAUGAUAUUACUUUAUAAUAAUAUUAUGAAGAAGCGAUUUCUUCCACUAGCUUUAAUUUUGAUAGCUGGGACAUCUGUUUGCGUCGCCAGAAGAAAAAGAGAAAAACCUGAGUUACGUUUCACAGAUUGUGGUAAAAAUCCUCAUCGGCCGAUUUUUUUCUACGAUUUCAAGGCCAACCCCAUCCCUAUCAUUACUCCGGGGACAUUGUACGUCAGUAUGGCGGGAAAUAUCUCACACGACCUCCCGCGGAGGAUUUCUAUAAAACUGGAAGUUAAAAAGUACUUUAUUGGAAUUGCCUUUCUAGUGCCUUGCUUUGAUAGCAACAUAGGUUCAUGUACCUACGAUAAUAUUUGUGCGAACUUAGAGACUUUUGAAAGAAGACAGCGUUGUCCAAAGCGGUUACGUAAUUUCAAUAUUCAGUGUCAUUGUCCAUUCCAAGCCGGCGAGUUUACAUUUAAAGACCUGGCACUAAAUAUUCCCAAAAUAGGCGGAUUUGCUGGAGCCUUUGUCAAAGUAAGAGGUGACUAUGAAGUAGUGUUCAAAGUUUUGGAUGAAAACACUGAAGAACUUGGCUGCCUAAAUCUUCGGUUUACCAUCAAGCGCCGACAUAAAGGGUGGCUCUUCAAGAUCUAGCAGGACAUGACAAGUCUAAUGCAAUAGUGAAACUCAUUCAGUACCUGCAUUAUUCUCAUUUUUGCAUUUCUUUAUUAUCAUCAGCACCAGCUGUAAUAUCAUCGCGACCGGAUAUGACGCAACCUUAUGAUAUUUCCGGUAUAUAAUAUGAUGAUUAAUGUUCAACUGUAGUGAACGUGUGGGCAAUAUUCCAGAAAGUUUGGAAUGAAAAGCCUGCUUUUACUUGGAUUCAGAAAUAUUCAUUCGUGUAUUGUAAAACGAAAUAUAUUGCUAAUUGGUUACUACAGGCAACCAACGAUUCAUUUCCAGACAAGCAGUGGGAAAAGAUCGCAUGAAGAUCCUGGAGCCCAAUAGACAGUUACUUCAAUAAAAAGUUAUUUUCAUUACAGUGUAAGUCCCCUACCUCCGAGACCGUUCCAAGCGGUAUGAUGAAUGGAAGUGACAUAUCUGUUCAAAAUGGCAAUAUACUGUUCUGUGUGACUGCACAUGCUAAAUAACAAAUGCAUCUGAUUGGACAGAACCUACGGGAUCCGAUUGAUUCUUCACAGGAAGUGUACCGAGUGGUAUUGAUAAAAAUCUUCGUGAUUUGAUUGGCUCUUAGUAACUUGAGGAAGAAAUGGCAAUAUACAUUACCGGAUUGACUGUCCGUAUGUUUUGAUGACGUCACAACCUCAUUCCUAAGUUGGUAUUCGUCUAGUAUUUAUUAUUUGUAGUUCGUGUGUAAACACUAUACCAUACUUAGACAAUAAUUCUAAUUAUAGUGAAAUCCAGUGAUACGAAGUGUAUAUAAAAUGUAAUAUGCUGUAAUUGUAGCAAUACUGAAUACUACAUUUGUCUGCUUUUGUAAAGUUCGUUAACAAAAUAUUUCGGAGAUGCAUGCAUGUUAUGACAAUGAACUUUACAAGUGAAUACGUGCAUUUAGUUAUUUGCGUUGCAAUGAUUGCUAUGCUUCGACGUAUACAGCAAUGUCAUAUGCGGAGUUCCUCCUCUAUAGACAAUAAAUCGAUUGAUGUAAAUAUCAUUUCAAGAAAAAGUUCAGAAAUAUGACUGGCAAUAUCAAGCGAAAAUUUCAUUUGACAUUAAAUGAAGUUUAAAAUAAGAGGAAAUCAAAUUGAAAAUGAUCUUCGUGAAAAACGUUUUGACAACAGGAAACUUUAUACCUGUCCAGAUCCACCGUUUUCGUUUUAAGUGUCAUUUUUCAUCAUAAACUAUUUUUAAUAUUUUCAAUCAACAGUACUAAUCCUAAGGUACGUAUUGUUGUAUCUAGCUGUAACAUGAACCAUUUGAAGAGUUGUACAGGGAAAAUCAAUUUAAGAUAUAUAAUCAUUCUAAUCUUCUAAUUAUAUCAUCAAACGGGGCAUGUUUUAAAGGUACAUUAGUAAAGGGAGUUAACACCAGAUCAGCAUACGUGUUAUAAGGUAUCAUACACCUUUAACUCUAAUGUAAAGAUAGAAAACGAUGUUACAGUGCGCUUUACUAUAGCUGGUGCUCCAAUCAUAAAUUGAUUAUUUUGCUUGUCAAAAAUGUUUUACUAUCAUGGUUAAUAUAAACGAUUAUCCUAAUAGCACAGAGGAUAAGGAACUGCUGUAUCCUACUGAGACAGCUGAGGAGAAAUUCCGUUCGGCUCAUUCUUUUUUAGCAUUGCUAUCAAGAUAGGGGAUCUGGGUUCGAUCUCUAGCGGAUGCAUUGAAAUAAUUAAUGACCUCUGUUACAUGGCGCCCAUCCUGGUACAAAACUCAGUGAAACAAACUUUUACAUAAAAUUUGAACUAAAAUGAUAGUUUGAUUAAAUAUUGGACAGCUUGAAAAUUAAAUUCGUUAAAAUAAGUUUCAUGAACAUUGAAAUAUCCAGUAGAAUAUGACUUCUCCAUUUCGAGAGUUAUAUUCCAGUUUUCUGAAAGUGUCGAACGAACAUUGAGUUACGAUUAAUUGGUGGUCGAGUUAAAUGGUUUAACGAACUAAAGUCGAAACGGAGCAUAGCAGUUUAUUAUUGUUUAUUUAGCUUUAAUUUUCACAUUAAACUGUUUUGAAGUGAUCAACUAUUUAGCCAUUUUGAGGUAAAACAAACAUAGCACUUACAGAACUGUUCUAGUUUUGUCCAUGACGACAUAAUAUUUAUGUACAUCAUAAGUGAAAUGGUCCAGGUAGUUAAUUGUAUUACCGUGAGGUGUUUGUCCGGGUUGGCUGUAUUUCCAUUCUGUGGAAUGUGUCCGAGUUCGUUAUAUUACCAUACUCUGGUAGUGCUAGAGCUCCUUGUGCACAACCCUUCUGUAAAGUAUGUCCGAUUUUGUUGUACUGCAAUACCGUAGGUCCAGUAUAUGUCCAAGUCUGUAGUAUUACCAUAUUGUUAUAAGCAAGUCUGAGUGUUGGUCCGAGAUUGCUGUACUAAUGUGUUGAAGUAUGUUUGUAUGAUUUUGUUGCACUCCCAUAUUGUGGUAUGUAUAAUGUGCCCGAGUUUGUGGUACUACAUUUUGUUUGUCCGAGUUCGUUUUACUACUAUAUAGUAGUACUAUAUAUAUAUGUGUCCGAGUUUGUUGUACAACUAUAUUUUAGUAUGUCCGAGUUUGUUGUACUACUAUAUUGUAGUAUGUCCGAGUUUGUUGUACUACUAUAUUGUAAUAUGCCCGAGUUUGUUGUACUACUAUAUUGUAGUAUGUCCGAGUUUGUUGAACAACUAUAUUGUAGUAUGUCCGAGUUUGUUGUACUACUAAAUAGUAGUAUGUCCGAGUUUGUUGUACUACUAUAUUGUAGUAUGUCAGAGUUUGUUGUACUACUUUAGUGUAGUAGGUAUGUCCGAGUUUGUUGUACUUUCAUACUGUAAUAUAAAUCUGCUGUUUCACUACAUGUAGUAUAAAUUGACCAUAGAAACUAUUGUUUUUGUGAUACUGUUACUGUAUAUUGUAGAAUAUAUGAAUAUGUUUAUUUGAACAUUAAAAUCUAAAACAUA